AUGGGGCUGAUAUCGAGGUGGAAAAAGAAGAGACAGCUGUCCAGCAAGCACAAGGCUCAAAAAUCAAGAAAACCCGCGAACACAUCGUUUAGACAACAGCGACUUAGAGCGUGGCAGCCCAUCCUGUCACCACAGAGCGUGCUACCGUUGCUUAUCAUAAUGGCAUGCGUCUUUGCACCCAUCGGUAUCGGGCUGGUGGUCAGCACGAUAAGCGUCCAGAGGUUGGUGGUAAACUACACUGAAUGUGAUGCAUUAGCAUCAGCCACGCAUUUUGAGACGAUCCCUUCCAAAUACGUGGAUUAUCGCUUUAGUAAGAAAGUUACAACCAAACCUCAAUGGAUGGUACUCACAGAUGCUAAGUCGGGCAAUCAAACUUGUCGAAUACAGUUUGAGAUUCCACACCAUAUUAAGAAAUCUACUUAUGUUUACUAUCAGUUGACUAACUUCAACCAAAACCAUAGGGAAUAUGUAGAGUCCUUUGAUUUGGAUCAAUUAAAGGGGAAGGCGUUGAUUGGUGAUGCUCUAGAUCCCAAUUGUGACCCUUUCAGGACCGCAAACAACAAGACGGUUUUUCCCUGCGGACUAAUAGCCAAUUCGAUGUUCAAUGACACAUUUUAUACAACAUUUACGGGUGUUAAUGGCACUCCAGAUUACCUACUUACCAAGGAGGGUAUCGCGUGGAAUACAGAUCGUCACAGAUACGCAAAGACCGAAUAUAAUGCAUCUGAUGUUGUACCGCCUCCAAAUUGGGCUAAAAAAUUCCCCGACGGCUAUACGGAUGAGAAUAUCCCUAACUUGCAAGAUUGGGAGGAGUUUAAAGUAUGGAUGAGAACUGCUGCAUUACCUAACUUUUAUAAGCUGGCGAUGAAGAAUGAGACUAAUGGAAUAGGUAAGGGUGUCUACAUUGCUGAUAUAGAAUUAAACUACCCGGUAACAUCUUUUUAUGGAACAAAGUCCUUUGUACUGACCACUAACAGCAUCAUCGGUGCGGGGAACRAAGCACUAGGAGUUGUGUAUUUAAUUGUUGCUGGGAUUGCCACUCUUUUUGCCAUUCUGUUCCUGAUAAAAGUCAUAUUUAAGCCAAGACCUAUGCACGAUCAUAGUUAUCUAAAUUUUGGUACUGACGAUACCCAAUUUGAAGAAAAUAGUAUUACGAGUAUUCCACUAAGAGAAAUUUUGUGA